AUGGGCAUGAUAGCUAUGUUCGCCCCCCAAGGUCUCAACCAGAUUAAGUGCAUGAAAAUGUGCCUUGUUCACGACAUCGCCGAAUCUGUUGUGGGUGAUAUCACCCCGUUUAGUGGAGUGUCUAGAGAAGAGAAGGGCAGAAGAGAGUCUGCAACUAUCGAGUACAUAGCCAACCGUUGGUCUGGACCGUAUACUGCCGAGAUAAAGGAGCUUUGGCACGAGUUUGAGGCUGCAGAGACCCCAGAAGCUCAGUUUGCCCAAGACAUCGACAAGAUUGAGCUUCUGCUGCAGGCAGUGGAGUAUGAAAGGAACACCGAGAACAAAAAAGACCUGGGCGAGUUCAUGGGAGUAGCGCGCAAACUGCGAUCUGAAGCUGGCAAGGCAUGGGCGGAUGAGAUCCUGGCUGACAGGGAGAAAUUUUGGGAGGGAACGCAGCAUUUGAGGGGAGAACAUGCUGAGAAGGGAGGUCUCACAGAGGAGAUGACAAAGGCACACGAUGCAUACUAUGGAUGA